AUGAAGCAACUUGUUGUUUCUGUGGUCGUUUGUGUAGUGGUACAUUGUGUGGCAGCCAUUCGGUACCACAAUGAGACCAGACCAAGUCCUGUUUACCGACAAUUAUCUGAAUUUCUUCAUGAACAUCCUAAACCUAUUGGAGUAUUCACCAGGCAAACAGGAGAUCCGAUGGACAUAAGAGACACAGUUACUAUGAACACAAAUAUAUUAGACAAUAAGAACUUUUUUAUAGAAACCAGUAACCUGGUCAGAGAGAGAAUACCAGAGAGGAUAGUACAUGCUAAAGGUUAUGGUGCUUUUGGAUAUUUUGAAGUAACGCACGAUGUUUCACAAUACACCAAAGCUGAUGUGUUCAAUGGUAUUGGAAAGAAGACACCGCUCGUUGGACGAUUCUCUACAGCUAUAGAAAACCUUGGUGGAAGUGACUUACUUAGAGAAACAAGGGCUCUAGCUCUCAAAAUGUACACCAAAGAAGGAAACCUAGACUUUUUAAGUUUACAUGUUCCCAUAUUUUUAUACAACGAACCUUUAGACUUCAUCCGAUUUGUUCACGCCAUGAAAAGAAAUCCUCGCACAAAUCUCUUUGAUAAUGCCAUGAGAUGGGACUUCUUCAACCUUAAACCACAGUUUUUGCAUACAAUUCUUUGGCUGUUAUCAGAUUUCGGUUUGCCUGCUGGCUAUCGAAGGAUGGACGUUUUCCCAAUUCAUGUUUAUGAGAUAUACAAUAAGCAUGGUGAAAGAUAUUUUGUCAAAUUCAAUUUCCGGACCACUCUUGGUUUAAGUAACCUGACCAAUGCACAGGCAGCUGCCUUAAAUCUUGAAAGUCCAGACUCUUUCAACAUAGACUUGUACAACGCUAUCGCUGAAAAGAAGUAUCCGUCUUGGAGAUUAGAAAUGGAUAUUUUAACAAAAGAAGACUUAAAAAAGGUGGACUACGAUCCCUUUGAUCUAACGAGACUUUGGAAGAGAGGUACUUACCGAACUGUGACCAUUGGGCGAAUUGUGUUCAAUGCUAAUGUGGAUAAUGCUUUCAAGGACAUUGAACAACUUGCGCUAAGUCCUGAUAACCUAGUACCUGGCAUUUUGGGACCACACGAUGAAGUAUUUAAGUCAAGAAGAAUUUCCUAUCCAGACGCACAAAACUAUAGGCUGGGUGGUAAUCACCUUAAUAUACAAGUGAAUGCUCCUUUGUACGAUAAAACAUACAAUAGAGACGGAAUGCCACCAGUGAGAGGCAAUAUGAAAUAUGCUCCAAAUUAUUACCCGAACUCUUUCCACGGACCAAUGCCGUAUGUGGAUGAAGCUCGUCCAACAGAAAUGUUGAAAAUUUUACAUAGUAACGCUAUUGAUUUACAACCUCUAAACGAGUUUUAUAAUGAAAUAGUUGACACUGAUGCGCAUAGACAGAGAAUAGCAGAUAAUCUUGCUGAAACAAUGAUCAAUUUGCCUGCGGGCUUACUAAAAAGAUCUAUUUAUGUUCUCACUCUUAUUGAUAUAGGUUUAGGACGGCGAGUGAGAAAUGCAUUACAAGUUUUAAAACAUGUAGAUCAAGAAGCAAGACGAAAUCAAAUUGCAGAAUGUAUAGCCAAUGUGAAUGAAGCAAGUAUGAGACCAAGAAAUAAACUGCAAAAGACUUACUUACUGCCUUACAGUCAUGGCCGUAAUUAA